UCAUAAGCUUUUGAUUUUUUUUCUUUGUUUUUUUCUUUUUUCUUCUUCUUUUUUUUUGUUUUUUGUUUUUUGUUUUUUGUUUUGUGUGAGACAGGGUCUCACUAUAUAGCACAGGCUAUCCUGGAACACACAUAUGUAGCCAAGGCUGGUCUUGAACUUCAACGAUUCUCCUACCUUAGCCUCACUAGAACUGGGAUUACAGGCAUGCACCACCAUGCCACGUGGCCAUUAUUAUUAUUAAUCUGUAUCACACAAUAAAGAAAUUGAGACCAGUAUAAUUUAGAACUUUCCGAAGAUCACUCACUGAUAUAUGAUUCCUGCGUUGAAUAUGUGCAAGAGCCCACGCCUUAAUUAGCAGAGGCCAGACCCUAGAGAAACUCUAUUAACUGACUUUAAAAGUCUAUUUUUAAAAUUCAAGAACAAAUAUAGAAUAUUGUUUAUUCAAUAGUACUGUCUCACAAAUCAAAAUAAACCACUGUGAUUUAGUCUUUGGUUAGGGAAAGAUUUGCUAACCUGGCAGUCACUGAACGCAGAUCCCACAUUCUAAAAACCACAGGCAACAAUAGACGCGGAAAGGAGCUGGGGCCAACCUGGAGAAGACCGGAAGUGUGGUGGUGGGAACACCAGGACUGGGCACAGACCAGGCCUGGAGAAGCGCGGGCGCAUUGUUCUGGGUAGUGGCCUGCUAUGGAGGGGACAAUAAUCAACGGCGGACCGGACCGCACGUACGCCAAUUGAGGGCAAGAAACCUUCAGAAACCACAGUCUUCGGUCCCCACCUCUGAAUUAAACUUAGGCCCCUCGAGACGCCGGGUCGCGGCACAAAGAACCCGGAGCUGUAGACCUCGGCCUGGAAAACUCGAGGGUGGCGGUGAGGUAGGGAGACGCCCUGAGCCUGUCUCCUAGUGCUGCGCCUCGGGAACCUGGCUGCCGGCAUCUGGAAGAGGAGGCCUGCAACUCAAGCUAGCAGGCCUGAAGUCACGGCCGGAAGUGAGGCGGUCGCUUACUUAUGGGGAGAGUUGCAGCUGGAUCCUGACAAUCAAAAAUCAGUCUCUGCUGCUCAGGACAGAAUAUAAUAAGCACUGAAUCACCAGCUUGUUCCUGGUUUACUGGACAAGACUAUAUAACCCCUGAAAGGAUCCGGUCACAGGAAAUUGGAGGAGAGUUCAAGCAUGGAUCAAAGCAGCAACGAAUGUACAAAAAAGAUUAGCAAUGUGAAUAUUGACAAACUUAUAAAGGAUUUCUCACAGAUAGAAAAGAAAAUGAUAGAAACCAGUGGAAAGAAUAACAUACUGGAGAUUCAGUUGGAAAAGACUACCUGCUUAUUAAAAGUAAUUCAAACAAAGGAAACUUCAUUUAAAAAAGAAUGUGCUGCUCUUCAUGAUAUGAUAAAAGGGCUACAGCAGACUAUUGAAUAUCAACACAAUUUGAAAGGUGAAAAUGAAGAACUGAAAAGAAAUGCUGAUUUAGCAAAAGAAAAGCUAAAAUCUCAAGAGCAGGAACAUAUGAAUAAUAUCGCCAAACUCGAAUAUGAAAUGAAAAUCAAAGAGGAGCAACAUAAGGUAGAAAUAAGCAGACUUUAUCAAGAUAUGCAGAAAAAAGUUGAAUUAAAUGAAGAAAAGCACAAAGAUCUAAUAAAGAAAAAGGAGAAAGAAAUUUCAGAGUUAACUGAAAAGUUACUAAGUCAAGAAAAGGAAAAGCAAAAUGAAAUAAUCAAACUACAGCUGGAGGUAGGUGUUUAAGAGGCUUGAUAAACUUGAUAGUGUGUAUUCCUUAGUCUG